AAGUGCUUUAUUAAGGUAUGACAAAAAAAAAUGACACGAUACUCGGACUUCAGAAAAAUCAGAAUAACCAAACACCAAAGUUUGCUGAUCAUGCUCUAGUUUUUAUGUUGAGAGGGAUUGCUAAGAAGUGGAAACAGCCGUAUGCUUAUUAUUAUAGCACCAGCACUAUUCAAACAGUUGAUUUAGUCUCCUACUUGAAAUGUGUUGUCAGAAUUGUGAACAAAACUGGUCUUAAAAUUGUAGCAACUGUCUGUGACCAAGGAGGAACCAAUCGAGCUGCAAUCAAUUAUUUGAUGUCUGAAACUUGUAAAAAUUAUACAGAAUGUAAUAUGGAGAAAACAAAUUUAGGUUUUGAAAUUGAUGGCCAGGAAAUAAUACUAAUUUUUGAUCCUCCGCAUUUGUUAAAAUGUAUAAGAAACAAUUUAUUUAAUAAAGAUGUGGUUUUUGACAUGGAUGGUAACACUUAUACAGCGUCUUGGGAUCAUAUUGUUGCUAUGUACGAUUUCGAUAAGAAAAAUGAAGAAUUUGAACUUAGAACCCUUGUAAAAUUAAACGACAACCACAUUAACAUUGCCAGAAGCAAAAUGAAGGUUUUGAAUGCAGCACAAGUCUUCAGCCACAGAGUAGCUUCAACAAUGAAAUUAGUGUCUGAUAAUGGUAUGUGUAUUUGAUUGAUUUAUCUUUGUAUUGUUUAAGUUACUAAUAUUAUAGUAUAUUAUAUUAUAUGAACCUAUACCUUUUUAGCCCCUA